AUGGCGGCGCCCGCGCUGAGGCGCGGGGCUGAGGAUGGCGUGACCUUGGAGGACAUUGCCCUGUACUUCUCCAGGGAGGAAUGGAGCCUCCUGGAUGAGGGUCAGAGACAGCUGUACCUGAAUGUCAUGCUGGAGAACUUUGAACUUGUGUCCUCGCUGGGUUGCUGUUGUAGAGCAGAGAAUAUGGAGGCACAGCUUGAAGAGAACAUUGCUGUAAAAGUGUCACAGGCAAAGAAUGCCAAGUUAGCUUUGUCUUCCCAGAAGAGCCACCACCCCUGUGAGAGUUGUGGAUUAGUCUUGAGAAACAUUUUCCAUUUGAUUGAGCAGCAGGAAUUACAAGACAGGCAGAUACUGUUGAGGUGUGGGACAUGUGCAAAACAAUUUCAAUUCCAUGCACAAUUUCACCGGCACCCAGAGCAGCACUUAAGAAGUAUGGACAACAUCUCACUUGCAAAGGGCUGGCAUUUCAGUACUUCUCAGAAACUUUUUACCUGUGGAGAGGUGGGGCAGGACAUCCUUACCGAGUCAGGACAUCUCCAGCAAAAGGCUACUCAGACCAGGAACAGACCAAAUGACAUCUCGAUGUGUGGGGUGACAUUUCAAAAGAGAAAAACUUAUUACUCCAGAAAAGAAUGUAAGAAAGCCAAUGGCUGUAACCAUACGUUUCUUCAGAACGAGAGUGUCCAUCCUGGAAAAGAGGGUUUCUGGUGCCGUGAAUGUGGGAAAUCCUUUACCAGAUUUUCUACUUUAUGUUAUCAUCAGAAAUUUCACUCGGGAGAAGGGCCUUAUAACUGCAUUGAAUGUGGGAAAUCUUUUCCCAGUAGCACUGGCUUUCGUUGUCAUCUGAAAAUUCACACUGGAGAUAGGCCUUACCAGUGCAGUGAAUGUGAGAAAACUUUUACCACUGGCAGUGGUCUCAGUUAUCAUCAGAAAGUUCACACAGGACAAAGGCCUUAUCAGUGCAGUAAAUGUGGGAAAUCUUUUAUCACUAGUGCUCACCUUCAUCGUCAUCAGAGAGUUCACACUGGAGAAAGGCCUUAUGAUUGCAGCAAAUGUAGGAAAUCAUUUACUUGGAAAGUUAACCUUGGUCGUCAUCAGAGAGUUCACACUGGUGAAAGACCUUAUGUGUACAGUGAAUGUGGGAAAUCUUUUACCGAUAGCAAUAGCCUGCGUGGUCAUCAGAGAUUUCACACUGGAGAAAGGCCUUAUGAGUGCAGUGAAUGUGGGAAGUCUUUUGCCAGUAGCACUGGCUUGCAUUAUCAUCAAAGUAUCCACACUGGAGAAAGGCCUUAUGAAUGUGGUGAAUGUGGGAAGUCAUUUACUUGGAAAGUUACCCUUCAUCGUCACCAGAGAGUUCACACUGGUGAAAGACCUUAUGUUUGCAAUGAAUGUGGGAAGUCUUAUACCUCUCCCAAUGGCCUCCGUUGCCAUCAGAGAGUUCACACUGGAGAAACGCCUUAUGAGUGCAGUAAAUGUGGGAGAUCAUUUACUUGGAAAGGUACUUUUCAUCGUCAUCAGAGAGCUCACACUGGUGAAAGACCUUAUGUUUGCAAUGAAUGUGGGAAAUCUUAUACCUGUCGCAGUGGCCUCCGUAGCCAUCAGAGAGUUCACACUGGAGAAAUGCCUUAUGAGUGCAGUGAAUGUGGGAAGUCCUUUGCCAGUUUCACUGGCUUCCACUAUCAUCAGAAAGUUCACAAGGGAGAAAAGCCUUAUGAGUGUCGUCAGUGUGGGAAAUCUUUUACCAGGUUGUAUACCCUUCGUUGUCAUCAGAGAGUUCACACUGGAGAAAAGCCUUAUGAGUGCAGUGAAUGUGGAAAAUCUUUUGCUGUGAUUUAUGGCCUUCGUUCUCAUCAGAGAAUUCACACUAGAGAAAGGUUGUAUGUGUGUAGUUAA